GUGUUUGAGAGAUUCAAAAUGGAAGUAGCUUUCGAUGUUAAUGAGCUUGAAGGUAUGAAACGCGCCGAGCUUCAAAAGCUUUGCAAAAGCAUUGGAAUCAAGGCCAACAGGAAGGUAGGCGAUUCUUGUACACAAAGCAAAGACCAGUCAGUUGUUGUAUAUAGCACAUGGAUUGAGUUAAAACAAAGAAUGUGCUAGUUAACUUUGUGUGAGAAGUCCUUGGAAUGUGUUAUAAAUUCCUAUCACCUAUGGCUCGCUCCAGAAAAGAAUGCUUUUCUGCGCGUGACAAUUGAGUACAUUUUUAAUUUUAUUGUAAUGGUUUGUAUAUAGUCAGCUACCCUGCGAGCGGGGGCCUUUCGAUCUUCCUAGAUAAGUCGGGAAGAGGAAGAUCGAAAGGCCUCUGCUCGCAAGGUAGUAGUCAGCGAACUUUUGGAUGCAUUUACCGGUUAUUAUUGUUACAUUUCCUAUAUAUCAUUGGUAGCCUGCGAAAACAUCCGUUACGUCCCCAGCGGCGAAGAGCGAGGAGAAACGGAUGUUUUCGUGGGCUAUAUAUAUGGAAGUUUAUAAGAAAAGUUUUUGCGUUAUCAGGCAGGUUAGAACUGAUAUCGCAAAAGAAUUUUCAGAGUUCUCAUUGACAGUCUGUUUUAAGCUAAGAAGGCAAGUUUAGGUGACAGAGAGUUUUAAAGAAGCUGAAUCCAUCUCAAAUUGGAAACCAAGACUGACAUGAUUUUCGUUCUCCUUAUUUUGAAGUGCUUUUAAUAUCAUAACAGAUGUGAAACACUUUGAACUUGACAAUAUGUAUCUAUGUUGUUAAUGUAGCUGCAAGCUUUACUCACUGGAGGCUUAAUACUGUUUUAAUUCAGUGAUGCAUAAUACAGUUUAAAACUGUGGUUCUAUUCUGGUAUGUUGUUGAAUUGUCAUUUCCCGUAUUUUUUUAAUCUUAGAAUGGACAGCUUAUUGAUGCACUUAGAAAACAUGCAGCCCAGUUCUCUCGUAAAAGAAAAAGGUAUUUUUAUUGUGAAUGGUUUGAACACUUGGUGUCAGAUUUCCAUGUAAUGCCAUGGUGUACAUUUCUUAUAUGCAUACAUGUUUCCACUCUAUUCAUAUCAACUAUUUUAGUGAAAUAGUAUGAAAUUGCUGUGUGCAUAAUAAAAUGUUUGGGGUUAUCCGGAAAUCUUACCAAACACUCUGGCAAAAAUUUCUCUAUAUGAAUGAUAAAUAAAAUAUUAUUAAUAAGCAGUCAAACUAUUAAGAAUAAAUUAAUUAUAGUAAGUAUUUAAUUUUUACAACUAAGGCCUGGUUCAGACGCCGUACUUUUCAUGUGCCGAACCUAACUGAGUAAGUUCGACUUUGGAGCGACACUGGCACGACAUCUGAUUCAGACGGCGUACCGUGUGUCGAACCUAAGUUAAGUUCGACAAAAGUUCGACAGACUAUGUCGAACUUAACGCUUUUGCCGCACCAAACUAAACUGCCGUACCAAAUUGAUUCAGACGCCGCUCUUUUGCCGUACUUAAUUCAUCGGUUAGGUUCGGCACAUGAGUGGAGCGGCGUCUGAACCGGGCCUAAGGAAAGAUGCUAUCUUAAAAUCUCACAUAUCAUCUUCUUAGAUCAUCUGUUGCUGAGAAACCCCAGAACACUUCUUGCACAGUUGUUGAUAAAGAAGAGAAAACGGAUAAGCAACCAGUUGUUGAUGACAACGAUAGUUAUAAAAAACAACUUAUGGAUCAACUUGAUAAGAAGGUUGAGGAAAAAAGUAAGUACAGGCCGUAUCAUUAAUUUUGAAGAACUUUUUCCGUCCAAUAAAAUAAUUUCAUUGAUUGACCCAACAAAUCAAUUUGUUUAUUUUUUCAAUCUUAUUUAGUGCCAACCGAGUGUAAAAUUCCGAGGUUUGUCCAGUUUGCCAACAAAGUCAAAUCUGCCCAAGAAACCAAUAAAACACCAGGUAAGUCAGUUUCUCUGAAGGCCUGUUGUGCUAAAAUUGCAUACAAAAAAUUGGUAUUCUAGUUAUAUUUUUGAUAACAUUAAUUCUAUCCUAUAAAGAUCUGAUAAUCAUUUUCCUCUUUGUUCUUCUAGCUACAAAGUGGAGCAAAAUUCACAAUUCACAGUUUGAAAAGUGAGCAUGUGAUUUUUAUGUUUUUAAAAGGAUAAGUGUAUGCCUUAACAAUAUUACUGUAAAAAAAAUUUGAAAAUUAUUUUGUAUUUAUUGAUACCAACCAGGUUAAUGCAGUCAUCUAUAGGCAAUCUAGUUAGUAUUAACUACAGGUUUGAAAAGAUACACUCCUUUUGAAGCAGCUGUUAAUAAAACCAGUGUUCUCCUUAUCAGGCAGUAACCAGCAAAAUUUAUCACUUGAAGCAACACUUCUUACCAACUGCUUGGGCAUUUACCAAUAAUUGAAAAGCGAUUGAUUUGUAUUAUACAUGAAUAUAAUUUUGGUUUUUGUUACUAGGAUGGACUCUAUUGAUGUCUAUCUGGAGAAAAAGAGGAAAAGAGUGGAAAUGUUUAACCAGUCAGCCAAGAGAGCAAAGGUAAUCAGGAUUAUCCUAUGAUUUUUGAUACAGAGUUAAGAUUAAUGUUAGUACAAAUAUGAUAUCAGACAGGCAGUGAUUUUGUUAUCUUUGCAUCCUGCGUCCCUGAUGCAUAAAAACCCCCAAAGACACAAAAUAAAAAUAUAAUUCAUAGCAUGCGUGCGUCCAGUAGGAGACAAAGAUUGAUUGAUUCAUUGUUCUGAACUUGUCUUUUUGUAGAAAUCUCCUGUUUGUGUAAUUUCUGUGGAAGUUAUUAUGGCUGUUGUUUAAUGAUGCAUUUUUUUCUUUUAGCCUUUGUUCUUUAAAAUAGACAGACUAUAUUUUAAUUUCAGUAUACUGUAAAACAGAGUUUUUGAGUCUGUCUUCAGAUUAACUGUCUGGUUACAUUCAAGGCCCAAGCAAUUUCAAUUUCGGACUUGUUUUUUUAAACUGGGACUCACUGGUUCUUGCCUGGGACUCAUGAUUAUUCUCAAGAUGAGUCCCAGAACUCACUAUUACCAUUUGAAACAAAAUCACUGGACAGGGCUUGAAAAAAGUCCCAUCUGGUAGUCCAGGACAAGCACAUUUUCUUUCUGAGCAAGUAACUUUUUAAGCUAACCAAAUUAUUCAGACACUAAGAUAAGCUAGGAGUGGCCCUGUGGGAGCAAAAUGCAAGAACAGCUUGCCUAAAGGACAAGAUUGAAUGCAAGUUUUUUGUAGCCUGCAUAGCAGGUGUUUCCAUGCGGUUUCGGUGUAAAGAAUGAGGAAUGAGAGUCAAAGACAAGUAAAACCAAAAAUCAUGUUCCUUGGUCAUUCUUUGCUCCGAAACCACAGGGAAAUGCUUGCUAUGCAGGCUAAGUUUUUUGAAGCCCUACAACAGUAAUAAAGUUAUAGAAUAUUAUUAGUAAUGGUAACAGGAAUGAGAGUCAAAGACUGCGUGAAAAUGGCACAAGUAAAACCAAAAAUCAUGUUCCUUGGUCAAAAUUUCUUUAGGGCUCUUUUUAAACCACAAGGGCUAGCAAUGAAAAAAAAAAAAAAGCCAUUUGCUAUGCAGGCUAAGUUUUUAAACUGUCCCUGAAACAACAGUAGAACCAAAGAUUUAUAGAAUAUUAUUAAUAAGGUAAGCAUUCAUUUAAUUUCUUGCAGUCCAUAGGAGUCAGCAGAAAAAGUGGAGGCAAAGCCUCAGCGGAAGCGAGCUUCAAGCCCUCUGUUACAACUCCUGAUAAAUCAAAAGCAUUUUUAUUUGGAUCUCCUGCGGCAAAGCCAUUUUUCCAACCAUCAGACCAGAAAGUUACAAAUGAAACAGCAAGCACUGCUAGCCGAAAAAUACUCAAGUUAAAGUCCCCUAAAAUCUUCAAGCCCGUCUCACCUUCGUCUGCCAUGGCAAGCACAAAACCACCAAAGACUCCAAAUACCCACAAGACCUUUUCUGUAGCAACGGCUUUGGAAAAUAAACCAAAGACACCAGCAAAUUCUGCUCGCAAGUCAACAGGGGUAACGCCGUUCAGGUUAGCAAACAAAAAUUUAGAAUUUCCAAAAGAUAUUUGAAACUUUGCAACAAUAUUCUCUUGGUAUCCACUGUUUUUGACAGGAUUGUCGGUAUACAUGUACGUUACUCUAGAACAUUCCAGACACAGAAUUAAUCCUGGCUUUCACUCCCAAAGAAGCCGAAGUAAAAUUUUGAAGAAAAUUCCAGAUUUCUUGCAAAAUGCUGCAAAACAAAUAGUACUAUGUGAAAGGACUGCUCAGAAACUUUCAUUUGAAUGGUCAGACUACUGUCGCAGAAAUUCAAUUUGUCAGGGAUGUCAGCAUCCAAAGGGGAUUUUAUAUCACAAAGAGGAUAUAUUAUUGCCCAGGAAAUCUGUCUUUUUUGAGGAAUUGUAUCGACAUAAUAUUUUGCUCUUAACAGAUUUUUGCCUGCAAACGUGCCAGCCACACCAACACCAACCCCUAAGAAGAAGUUUGAUCUCAAAGCUAGCCUAGCAAAACCACUUCCUUACAAGCCUCACACAGGAAAACUGAAACCCUUGUCAACUUAUAAAGAGGAGUGCAGACCAACUCUUACUGAAGCAAAGUUGAAAGGUCGUAGAGUGGAUGUCAAAUCUACAAAGGUCACCUCAAGGUAACAAAAUACGUGACAGCCAUAUUUUAAGUAUUUCCUAUGCAGCAACAUUGACAAAUCUAUCUAAUGGCAAUAGAUUUUAAAAGUUUGGUAAAUUCAAUUUUUUUAAAGUGUUCUCAUAAACUUUUGUGUCCCAAGUGUGGUCAUGGCUUCAGCUGAAAUUCUGACCAUUAUUUUGUAGAUGUCAGAACAAACGCAGUUCAUUCUCCUAAGUUUUUUUGGACCCUGCACAAGCGUUAGUUUGGCCUGGGUUUCAGGUGGCAACCUCAAGCAGUCUAGUGCUCAUCUAGUAAUCAAGCUAACAGGGCAGUGGUUCUUUCUGACCAUUAUUAAACAUUGAAACAGGAUGGGAGAGGACAAUAAUUUUUUGCCAAUCUUCACCUUCCUUGAAACAGAUCUUUUAGUAAAACAUGUAGACAAAACAUGCCAUUAAUAGUCCUGUCACAUUUGUCACACAAACUUUUGCCGUCCUCUUCUUCCUACCGUUCUGUUGCAUAAACUCACUGUUAUCUCUAAACUUGCAACCUUAGACUACAUUUUGUCAUAAACUGGGUAUUAAUUUGUUAUAUCAUUUUUUUUCCUCAGGGAACAACGUCGCAUGAAAGAAAACAAAAGCAGAGAAAGCAGAAAGGCAAAUGCUUUAAGCAGACGAAGAGGACUUGCUUGUUAAUUAAACUAAGUUUGUAGAUCUAUGCAACACAUUGCUAAUACUAACAGUAUUUGUUUGAAAUUAUGAUUACCGGUAGUGACAUUUUAUUUUCCAAGAUUUUUUCACAAAAAGGUACUUUUCGGCCCGUUAGGUCACUGGUGUAUAGGGGUAUUUUAGGGUUCCUUCAUUGUCCGUUCAGUCCUAGUUCCUGGUAAAAAGGGUUUUUAAGAAGGCUUUCUAUAAUAGAAUAAUACUGCUUUAUGCCUUAUAAAACUAAGAGUUUUUUAUCAUUGUUAUUAUGAUCAUUAUUACACACACUAUAACGAUCUGAAUGUUACUUGAAUGUGAUACUUUUAUUUGAAAGAGUACUGACAGUCAAG